CAUACUGCCAGUGGGCCGUUGGCGUCUCUUCGGCGGAGUAGCGGCGCAGCGCGGCACGGCUAUGGAGGGCGCCACCUGCUACACACCUCAACCACCACCCCACUGGUGAGCGAGAAGCAUGGCCGGCGAGAGAUCGACUACUUUGAGGAAUCAGCCGCCAUCGUUGCCCGUGAGAAGAACCAGCACGAGCGAAAGCCGCUGCGUGUGGACCUCAUGCUGAAGUCGCUGUUCCUGCCGACCGGCUACCCGGCCUCUGUGCGGCAGGACUACAUUCACUUCCAAAAGUGGGAGGUGGCUAAGGGCAUCGUCUCCUCGGCCGGCUUCGUCGGCCAUCUCGUGGGCCUGGGCUGUCUUGGAAUGAUGUUGGUGGCGGGCGCAUUCGGUAAAUUCUUCGACACGGAGACCAAGCGCAUCCGAUGGGCCGCCGAUUGCAUCCACGUCGCUGGAGUCGCGCUCGAGCUGGCCACGCCGCUCUUCCCCGCCUACUUCCUCCCACUGGCCUCGCUCGCCAACUCGGCCAAGGGCAUCGCCGGGCUCACGACUGGCGCCACCAAGGCAGCCAUCAACCAGGGCUUCGCCCUGCGGGACAACCUGGGCGACAUCACCGCCAAGGGCCACUCGCAGGGCAUUGUGGCCUAUCUCAUGGGCAUGGGCAUCGGUAUAGGCACCACCUACGUCACCGGCGGGGUGCUGGGAGCGCUGUUUGCGGUCUACGGCGUGCUGGCCGGCGGCUCAACCUCAUCCUCGGGGCCUUUCACGACCGCGGCGCCGGUCGUGGCGCCCGAGGACGUCGACGAGCGCAUCAUCCUCCCCGCGGGCGACCACUUCACCCCGCCCACCAUUGUCAUGGGCGCCUCGCUACGCGACAUCGUCUCCUCCACUUCCACCACAUCAUCCCUUUUCUCUUCUCUUUUCUCGCGCUUCUCCUCUUCUUCUUCGCUCACCACUUCGUCGUCGUCGACGUCAUCGACUUCGCCAACGCUACUGCGGGACUUGAUCGGCCUGCACCGCGACGAGCGGUUCGUGGUGCGCUACGCCCGGCCCAGCCGAGGCCCAGGCCCAGGCGGCCGUGUGCUGGUGGUGCUACACGAGGAGGCCGGACCCGAGGACAUGCUCCGCGCCUACUUCACAGCGUUCCACCUGCGUCGGCUGGCCAGUCAGGACCUGGACGGUGGCGUGGGCGACAAGCCAGAGGGAGAGAGAGAUGCUGAGACGUCGGGGCUAGCGUGGGAGCGAGCGAGCGUGGCCUUCACCCAGGCGCACUACGCGACCUUCGUGGGGCAGCUGGACGCUCGCGGGUGGACGCGCAAUGUGGUGCUCGCCUCGGGCGCCUAUCGCGCGCGCUGGUAA